AUGCCUAUCCCAACUGAGAAUGUCGGAUCGCUUCCACGGCCUCAAGUCCUUCAACAGGCCUAUGCCGACUAUGAAGUUGGCAAAAUCACUCUGACGGACCUUGUUAGGGCCCAAGAUGCGGCGGCUAAAGAUAGCAUCUCGCGCAUGGAACAGACAGGUCAGGAGCUCGUUACAGAUGGAGAGCAGAGAUCUAGCAGCUUUGCAACGUAUCCCAUCACGGACACACUCGGCGGAACUGGUCUCGUAGCCAACAUGAAAGCUGACGGCCAAUACUUUGCCAUCUUCGACGACGGCCAUCACCGACAGCUCCCACGUCUUGUCAAAGGCCCCUUUAGAUACAAGACAUUCGCCUACGACAACUUCAAGCUUUCCCGGCUAUACGCUACCAAACCCAUGAAGCAGGCUGUCAUCGCCCCAUCCAUGAUGUACCUAACCUACCCCCUAACCGGCGAAAUUGAAGGCUACCCAAAGAACCAAUUCGUCAAGGAUUUGGUAUCCGAAUGCGUCAAAGACAUCCGCGGCUGCUUCGCCGCGGGCGCCAGGCGCGUAAGCAUUGACUUCACCGAAGGACGACUCGCGGCCAAAAACGAUACACGAAACCCUUGGACCGGUGCACAGCUGCUCGAGACGUUUAUCGACCUUAACAACAAGGUUCUCGCCAACUUUAGCGCCGAGCAGCGAAAAGAUAUCGGCGUUCAUACCUGUCCCGGUGGAGACUGCGACAGCGUACAUUCAUACGACGUGGAUUACCAUGAGCUCUUGCCGAGCUUGUUUAAAAUCAACGCGGGCUAUUUCCUGAUUCAGCUGGCGAGUGAAAAGGAUAAAGAGAAGGUAUAUAAGGAAAUUGGACAGACUAUCCGCAAGGACGCCAAUGGUGUCAAGCAGGUUGCAUUUAUUGGUGUCGUCAACCCACUAGACCCGAAGAUUGAGACCCCCGAGCAGAUUCGAGAUGAUCUGGUCACAGCAUCCAAGUACAUUGCCAUAGACCAGCUCGGCGCCACCGAUGACUGCGGUUUUUCCCCUUUCUCUAUCGACAUCAAGCCUAAGCACGGCAGCCCUGAUUUCGCACGCGAAAUUGCGUUCCAGAAAAUUGCUAACAGAAUUAAGGGCGUGGAGUUGGCCAGCGAAACGCUGGGCAUAUAA